UUUUAGGCCAUCUACAGCGUACCUCAUAAUCGUAGACCUCAAUAUUAUUUCGAAAGGGUAAUUACGCACUACGAAUAUAUUGCUAAACCACGUCGCAUCUAAUAUUCUAUUGUUCCCAAGUUACGGCCUGGUCGAUUUUAUCUCGUUUCGCGACACAUUAUCUAACCUCUUUCAACAUGCAGCUGAUCGGGUCGAAAGCGUCCCAGCGCCUCGACGAGAUAGGCGAAGGCAACGUAACUUUACUCCCCAUUGAGCCAGAAGAUAUGUGGCACGCAAAUAAUCUAAUAAGCCCCGAAGAUGUCGUCAAGGCCCACGCGAUCCGAAAAGUUACGACCGAGACCAAGACCGGCAGCACCAUGUCAGAGAGGGUACACACCGAUCUUACCAUCCGUGUCACUUCCACCUUCUUCGAUCCAGGCUCCUCGCAACUACAUGUAUCAGGCACCGUCAUUGUCGAGAAUAGCUUUGUCAGCCUCGGACAAUACCAUACCCUCGACCUCGAGCUUAACCGGUCAUUCACCCUAUGGAAGAAAUAUGGAUGGGACUCGGUGGCAAGAGAGACACUUUCGGAUGCCCUAAAACAGGACAAAGAGGGUGCGGUAGCUGCUGUCGUCAUGCAGGAAGGCAUCGCAAAUAUCUGCCUGAUUACCGAAUACCGUACCAUACUUAAACAAAGAGUGGAGAGCGCGAUACCUAAGAAACGGUCGAGUAGCUCCGAACAAGAUUCGGGUAUGAAGCGCUUCUUCGAGAAGACUUUGGGCACCUUGGUUCGCAGCAUAGAUUUCUCGAUACCCCGACCAUUGCUGUUGGCCAGCCCGGGGUUUGUCGCUGGCGAUUUCAAGAAGUAUAUAUCAGACGAGGGUGCCAGGAGAACCGACAAGGCAAUGAUGGCUAUAGCUAAGGGGGCGACGGUGGUUCAUUCAAGCUCCGGGCACCUGCAUAGUCUAAACGAGAUCCUCAAGAGCAACGAAGUCACCGCAACGAUGAAGGAUAUGAAAUUCUCUAAGGAGACGAGGUUCAUGGACGAAUUCUUCGACAAAUUGCGGAAAGACGACGGUCGCGCUUGGUACGGCACGGCACCUGUGGAGAAGGCAAUUAGAGAGGGGGCCGUCGGUAGAGGAGGGGGUAUCUUGUUGAUUAAUAACUCUCUCUUCCGAAGCCAGGACAUUGGGACGAGGAAAAGAUACGUCGCCAUGGUUGAUAAGGUCAAAGAGGAUGGAGGAGAGGCGCGAAUACUGAGCAGUGAUCACGAAAGCGGACAACGACUAGAUGCUUUGGGUGGAAUAGCCGCUAUACUCACAUACCCUAUGCUGGAUCUAGACGAGGAUGGGGAUGAGGCUGGCGCCGAUGGGCAGGCUGAAGUUCAGGAGAAUAUGGUAAUAUAAAGUUCGAUCUGGAUGCAUCCCGAAUCAAUUCGUCCACCUUUAAACUUGAUCAAUGUGAAUUUGCACCCGCCCUAUAAUUUAUUAGACGAGGUAACCUAUACCUACCUCCCCAGGUAUGUACCUACAUACUUACGUAGUUCAAAAGGAUAUUGGUUGAAG